AUGUCGGCCGCACCCACUUCCCUACCGCACCGCACUGCGACCACCCACAGCAUUGCUACAACCUCCACGAGCGACGAUGAAGGUGUUAUCGGCGAGGAUACCAGCGAGACAUCGCGCCUGUUGCUCGAGCGUCUGCAGGCAUGGAAGCACAUGUGCGGAUAUCUAGAAGAGUACAUCGAUGCCACGGCCAAGAUGCACAAGUCCCAGGCCAAGGACUAUGAAAAAGUGCUCAAGACUAUCAACAGCCCUCUGCGAGAAGGUCAUCAUUUCGACCAAAGCUUGGAAGGUGUUGCGGGGUUGUUUGAGGUGAUGCGCAACAACACACGGGGAACAUCCAACAUGUACAUCGAACUCGACAAGAACCUCAAAGGCCAAGUGCUGCCCAUCCUGGAACGACUACACAAGGAAAUCAAGAACAAGUCCAAGGAGCUCAGAAGCGGCGCUGUCAAAGGAGGAAAGGCCGUCGACAAGGCCCGCGGCGUUACACAAAAACAUAUCGAAUUGCUUGGCCAGUAUGCUGCUGUCCAAGGUUCUGCAGCCCACAACAAAAUCGAGCCACAUCAUGACCCCUACGUCUUACGCCGUGGCGUUAAUCAUCGAUUGAACAAGCAGGUGAUUGAGGAGAACAACAGCCGCAAUGAUACUAUCGCAGUGCAAAACUCAUUCUCUGCAUUCGAAGCUCAUGUUAUUCAGACCGUGCAAUUGGCCUUGAACACCUUCUUCCAGUUCAUGGGUGGUCAGUUGGAUCAGCAACGCGCCUUGUACGGCGAGAUCAUUUCAAACGCACAAAAUAUCCCAGUUGACUAUGAAUGGAAUCGGUUUGUCAAGCGCAACGAUGGCAUAUUGAUUGACCCCGAGGCACCUCCUCGGUCAUUCAGCCACAUUUCCUUCCCCAACCAGGAGCAUGCGUCUACCAAGCCUUUGAUCGAGGGCACAUUGGAGCGCAAGUCUCGCGCUAUCAUCAAGGGCUUCAGCACCAGCUACUACGUUGUCACACCCGCACGCUACUUGCACGAGUUCAAGGAUAACGACGACUUCACCAAGGACCCCACCCCUGAACUCUCUCUCUACCUCCCCGAGUGCGUCAUCGGCGCUAUCGACGGCGUAAAAUUCUAUGUCAAGGGCAAAGACACCUCCAACGGCAAAGUCGGAAACGCCUUCUCAACCACCAGCGAGUUUCAAUUCAAGGCACAUACCCCCAACGACGCAGAGAAAUGGUGGAGAGUGAUCAAGGAUGCAUCUUCAGCGGUAGCUCCGGUUUCGUCGCCUGUGACUGAGACUGCGCCUCCUAUCAAGACCAAUGUUGGCAACAGUGCCAGCGCUACUGCUACUACGCCCGUUUCUAGCACACCCGCUACCACGACGCCAGCUGCAAGCGGUGAUGUCAGCGCCACUCAGCCGCCGAGUGCUAAAGAGGUUGCUGCUGGGACCGCUGACGUGAAACGCAGCGCCAGCCAUUAUCACACUUCUCCAGGUGGCACUGGAGUAUAA